AUACUGAACCGAAGAUGAUAAAUAGAUCAACAAAGAAGGAAGGAGAGCUGAGCAGGGGACCAAUCCAUUCCUCUUUCUCGAGCUCUCCAUUUUCUUCCCCAACAAAGCAUUUACGUCUUUCUUCUUCUUCUUCUUCUAUUUUCCUUCUUGCCUAUUGUAAUCAAUACUUCCAUUUGCUUUCUCUUCUAUUUUUAUUUGGGAAGGCCAUCGAAAGAGACCAAUCAUACUGAAACACAGAAGAACCUUCUGGACAUAUCUUUUGUAUUCAUUCAUUUUACCCCCACACCAAAAUAUCUAAGAGGCAUCUCUCCAUCUCCACCGUCCAUUUCAUUUCCCCUCCCAAACCUUCAACCAUUUCUUCCAUUGCCACAAAAACCACCUUUUGGUGUGUGUACUCUAUAGAUUUAUGGCCCUGGUUGUGUAUUUCUUAACACUGAUUCUGAAUAACACAAAGACUUAAGUUCAAGAAUUUUGGAUCCAAGUCCUUAAACACAUACAACAAAUCUUACUAACUUAGCAUCUUUCAUGUGCAUAUCAUCUGAGUUUUUUUCCCCCCGACUCCUCUCACUGAUUUAAUAUUUGACAGCUUUUGCGACACUUAAUAUUUGAAGACUCGUACAAAAUCAAAGUGUACCUGACUUUGAAAUUUGAAGAAUAUUAAGAUAUUGAUUAUAAACAUAUACAUUUUGGAAAUAAAUGUCAUGUGCUAAAUUUAGAACAAUACACGUAUCGAAUUUUUACAGAAAAUCUACAUGCAAGAACAUACACAUUCAAUGAUGAUUUGAAGCGGCUGAUUAUAAGAUAUAUAUAUUCAUAAAUUAUUUGGAAUGGGUAUUUUUGGUGGAUGUGAGAAUUUUUUGGGCUAAGUAGUUUGACCAUAUAAAUGUAUAUUAAGGCCACCCCAUUGUUGAAGUUCAAUUAGUAGUUGAUCUUUUUCGUGGUUGCAAAUAUUUAAACAAAAUAUCACGCUAAAGGAACUAAUUGAAUAUUAGAAAGAACGAUUAUUAUAUGGUAAUGACACUUGCAAGUGGAUGGAUACAAUAACAAUACCAUUACCGGCAACACAAAUCCAAAUCAAAACCAAGGCAGAUACAAAGAAAGGAACUUUUAUUAUUAUGUAUAAAACUGGCCGGUUUCUGGAGACUACUAUUUGGCAGCCACCAGCCAGAGCCAGCCGCUCUUUCUUUCUUCCUCGUUCACAAUUCCCUCUCCCAUCUCCAAUUCCUCCCACCCGAAAGACACAGGUGAAAAGGAAAAAGCUAGUUCCUUUCUUUCUCCCUUCUUUACGCUUCCCUUUUUCACUUCCACGGAACCCCCAAAAAUGCCAACAAGCCAGCUUCCUACUCCAUUUCUAAAACUGGGUUUUGGGUUUGCUCUAUUCUUUUAAGCGUUCUAUUGGGUUCUUGUUCGUUGAAAUUUGUCGACAAGAUAAAGGGGUAAAGGAUUGAACUUUAUUGACAACGGAAACAGAACAGAAGGAAGCAACAAUGGCAAAUCUGGGAGAGAAUGGCAGCAGAGCUAGUGGCAGGGACUUGUAUGGAGUUCUGGGUUUGCACAAGGAAUGCUCUGCCACUGAGCUAAGGAAUGCUUACAAAAGACUUGCUCUGAGAUGGCAUCCAGAUCGUUGUUCAGGUUCAGGGAACUCGAAGCAUGUUGAAGAAGCCAACAGCAAGUUCCAGGCAAUUCAGCAAGCCUAUUCUGUUCUGUCUGAUGCCAACAAGAGGUUCCUAUAUGACGUUGGAGCCUACAACAGUGAUGAUGAUGAUGACCAAGAUGGAAUGGGUGAUUUCCUGAAUGAAAUGGCUGUCAUGAUGAGCCAAACGGAGCCUACUCAUGAUGAGAGUGGGGAGGAGAGUUUUGAACAGCUGCAAGAUUUAUUCAAUGAAAUGUUCCAAGGUGACACUGAGUCACCAUUUGGAGCUUCUUCCUCCCUCGACGGUUCCUCGUCAUCAUCAACGUCCUCGUCGGCUUCCUACACUUCCUACUUCCAGAGCUCCGACUUGCCUUAUGCAAGCAGCAAUCCUGAGCUCAAGAUGCGCAAUAAUGACAUGAAACAUUCACUUAACCAAGCUUCUCACUUUCAGAACUUCUCUCUAGGGGCAGGUGGAAAAUCGGAAGGAUUUCAAGAAGGGGAAGCCAGCAAAAGGAGGAGGAAUUCAGGGAGAGCUCGGCGGUGGAAGGAGAAAGCAAGGUAGGAAACAUAAUAUGUCAUCGUUUGGACAUGCGUCCAGUGACGACAUCAUGUCCAUGCUUGGCAAAGGAUGGUGAGCUGCAGCAACUUGAUCGAUUCAGCCUGCUGCAAUGGCUGGUCCAAACUAUGGAGCUGGGAGGCCUAACCUAAUAUGCACACAAGGUGACGAUGCAGGAGCGAAAUAGCAAGUCGAAAGAAGUGAUUCAGCAAUAGAGGAAAGGGUUGUCUUGUAAAGAAAAAGAUGAGUAUUGCCUGUCUGGAAAAUGCUGCUGCAGAUCUUGUGUGCCUCCACCUUGUCUAAGUUGUAGAAGUGGCACUUGAAGCCUACUGAUGGUUUUUUUUUAUGCUCCUUGGUGUCAAAGUAGAUGGAAAGGGAUGAUCUUUUCCUUGGCAGCAUUUCUGGCAAUGCUUUCUUUAGCAUUUUGUUGGGUCCAAACUUCAAAUGGAGGUAGGAACAGUGGGAUUCAAGUCUAAUGAACUCAAUCAACCAGUGUAGGGUAGAAGGAGAUAUUUAGUAACUCAUUGAGAUGAUGAUCAUGGUUCGAUUUGGUCUGAUACUAGCCAUGAAUGUGGGGCAAAUUAUCAUCAAUCAUCCCACUUUUAAAGUUGAUGAGGAUCAGGUUAUCAAUACCACACUUUUAAGAAAAACGCAAAUGAUGGAACCCAAAAAAUUAAAAUUACCCAAGAAAGGGAUCCGAUGGAAGUUUGUACUCAAUGGAUUAGUUCUAUAAUGUAUUUGGGGUUCCUAUGUGCAUGCAUCUUAGUAUAAUAAUACGACCUUUCCCUACAUGGAAGGAAGAGAAGAGAGAGCCAAGUCAAAGUAGGGAAGAAAGUCAGAAACUAAUUCCUCUGACCUGCUGAGUGCUGACUGCAGCUGCCAGCUAGCUCUCAUAUAUGAAAAACAUCUCUUGUCACGUUAGGUUAGGUGAUAGAACACGAAAGACUAGUUCAUUAACGUCAUUUUGUAUUUAUUCAUGCUAUUUUAUGUUCAUUCACGUAAUACUAUGGUGAUUUACGUAAGAGUGUAAGUUUUUCACGUAAAUGGAAAUUUAUACUUUUUCUCCCUAAUAAUUUGUAUUGGCUAUAUUUUAUGGAAUUAAAUUUGGAUUAUCAUUUAAUCUUGUAAAAAUAUGUAGCAUUGAUCAUAAUCUACACAAUGACAUCCUUUUUUAUAUAUUUCAAAGUUUAAAAUUUUAUUUUACAACGACGUGAAUAAUUAACAAUGUGCAUGAAUAAACAUCAGGUGGGGUGACCUAACAGUAUUGGUUGCGUGAAUAAUCAACACUCUUACGUAAAUAACACAAAUAUGACGUGAAUGACACAAAUAUGGCGUGAAUAACCCAAAAUUAGGUGUUUUGUCACCUAACGUAACAAGAGACUGCACUCCUCAUAUAUAAUACCGCACUUCUACAUGACUUCUAGGUGUCAUAUUCUAUUCAUAUGACUAAUUUCUCAAUUCUCACGAGCUCCUUCUCUCUGAGUUCCCAGACCAGGUCAUCAUAGAAUUUCGUAGAAGACUGAGCAUGCGUAUCUUUAGUAUUUUUAUUAUUAGUUUGUACUCAAAUAUUAUUUUGGUACUUUUGGUAUUAUUUAUUUAUGUUUACUUGUUUGCGUUGGAUUAAGAUUUUUAGUACGUAUGUGUUUAGGAUUUGAUAUUUGUUUCUUUGUAGAAUAGGUUUCAUAUUUUGGUUAGGAAAGGGAAAAAAAGGCGCCGACCUAGUAGGAAAAGGAGAAGGGAUUGCAGGAUAGCCUAGCCUAUAAAUAUGUAAUCAUUCU